AUGGACGCGCAGCAACAGAGGGCGGCGGCUACUCGGCCACAAGGAGGAGGCGGUGGUGGUGGUAGAGACUCCACCGCCAAUUUCACAGUGCUAUUGUCCUUCAUCGCUAUCUUCGCCCUGGUCCUAAUUCCAUCAUCAUCAAUCCUAAAGAAUAGUUUUGAUAUCUUGCACCAAGUUCCAGAAGGUCAUGUUGGGGUAUAUUGGCAAGGAGGUGCCCUUUUAAACACAAUUACGAAUCCAGGUUUUCAUCUGAAAAUGCCUUUGAUAACCCACUUUGAGCCUAUUCAAGUCACACUUCAAACAGAUUUGGUGAGGGAUAUUCCUUGUGGGACAAAAGGUGGCGUUAUGAUCAACUUUGCAAAGAUAGAAGUUGUUAAUCGUCUUAAAAAGGACUAUGUGUAUGAAACACUGCUCAACUAUGGUGUAGACUAUGACAACACAUGGAUAUAUGACAAAAUUCAUCAUGAGAUCAAUCAGUUUUGCAGUGCUCAUAGCCUUCAGCAAGUUUAUAUUGACAUGUUUGAUCAGAUUGAUGAGAAAAUGAAAGAUGCUCUUCAAGCUGAUUGCACACGUUAUGCUCCAGGUAUCGAAAUUAUCAGUGUUCGUGUCACAAAACCCAGUAUUCCAGAUAGCAUAAGGCGGAAUUUUCAACACAUGGAAGAAGAACGCACUAAGGUCUUGAUUGCAAUAGAGAAACAGAUGGUAGCUGAAAAAGAGGCAGAGACACAGAAGAAAAUAGCUAUAAGUGAAGCUCAGAAGAAUGCCCAUGUUAGCAAGAUCCAGAUGGAACAAAAAUUGAUGGAGAAAGAAAGUGCAAGGAGGCAAGAAGAAAUAGCCAAUGCUAUGUAUAUGGCUCGUGAACAGAGCUUGGCAGAUGCCAGUUUCUAUCGGACAAUGAAGGAAGCAGAAGCAAACAAGUUGAUGCUUACUCCCGAAUAUCUGGAACUGAAAUUCAUCGAGGCGAUUGCUAACAACUCCAAAAUAUUCUUUGGAAACAAGGUACCAAAUAUGGUUUUUGAUCAGAGGCUGCUUGGAAAUUUUUUUCAAGACAUGGUCAGAAAGGAGAACAUGGAAUCUUAA